CAUUUGCUUUCUGUUUUAGAAAAUUUCGAAUAAAAGCCUUAAGACAGAUAUGCUCCUUCAAUGCAGAAAAAACGUGCCCUUGAACUUGAUAACAUGGAAGACCUAGAUCUGCAAGAAGAAAGCCUCUUUUCCCAGCUCUUAGAUCACUUUGUCCAUCAUGUCGACUGGAUGGUCACUGAAGCCAGGCUCUUCCUUCCCAAUGUCGACAUCAGUCACAUCAAACAGAAAUCCGAUAACCUUGCAAAAGUGUCUGCAGUUCUCCAAGAGUUUAGAGAGUCGCACAGUGAGACAUGGAAGAAGUUUAUUCAGCAUAUUUGCAUGGAUGGCAACCUUCCAAUGGAACUGGAGACACAGCUACUGAGCUUAACAGGAGAAGGUGCAGAAGAAAUUUCUUGGGAACGUUUCUUGGCUGGGGAAUUUAAAGGUUCUGCAAGACGAAAGCUAGUUUCAACAAAUAGAUACAAGAAGCAAAUUGUUAACACCAUAUUGAAAAAAUAUGGAUUUAGAGAUAACAAAAAACCUGACCAGAUGUUUGUUGACCCAUUGAUCCACACAAUUAAGAUGACUAAGGUGAAGCAAAGAUCAAAAAGCGGCAACAAGAUACUUUCAGCUACAGAAGACAUCAUGGACAGUGUUAAAAUGGCUCAGAUGUUUCACCGAACGAAUCUCUCCAAAACACACACUAUUUUAUUGGUGGGAAUGCCAGGCACAGGAAAGACUUUGCUGACACAUAGGAUUGCCCACGAAUGGGCAGGUGGAGGUUUUGGUCAGUUUCAGUUAACAUUUCUAUUUGAAUUCCGACAACUAAACUUGAUCAAAACUCAAUUUACCCUCAAAGAGCUUCUGUUCAACUUGUUUCUUAAGCCAGACACAGAUCUGGAGGAAGUAUACGAGUACAUCAUUGAGAAUCCGCAAAAGGUCCUUAUCAUAUUUGAUGGUCUUGAUGAGUUUGUCGGGAAGAUGUCUCAAGACUUUCUCCAGAUCAGCCAAGACUUGAAGCAAGUUGUUCCUAUAUCGGAAAUGUUCCAAAAUCUACUCCAUGGGAAGGUCCUGAGUGGAUGUACUGUUGUGGUCACAAGUAGAUCUAAAAUCUUGUUGAUGAUAAAUGAUCUUCUGGAUUUGGUGGAUUGUGUGGCUGAAGUGUUAGGAUUCAAUGAACAAAGGGUUCAGGAAUACGUGAGAUCAUUUUUUCCCGAGGGCUCACUCCAACAGCAGGCUUUGCUAUACCUAAGAGACAACCAUAAACUUAUGCACAUGUGCUUUGUACCUGCUUUAUGUCACAUUGUGUGCAAAUGUUUAAAACAUAUGUUACCCAUGCCCCCUGAAAACACACAGCUCCCACAGACUAUCACACAGUUUUAUCUAAAAAUGCUGAAUAUUUUUAUAAGAAAAAAACAAAUGUCUUAUGCUACUGAAGGUGUAGUGUUAAAAAGAUUGAUCUCCGAGCUUUGUAAUCUUGCUUUCAAUGGACUUAAAGAAAAUAAGACUGUGUUUUACGAUGAAGACAUUUCAGAUGCCUUAAAGAAAUUUGCACCACAUCAUCGCCUACUGUCCACCUUUGAUGUAAAGAAAAUGGACAGCAGCACAGAUCCCGGAUAUUCCUUUGUACACCUAAGCUCUCAGGAAUUUUUUGCUUCUUUAUAUCUGAUGAUGAGCAAGACUAUAACACAUAACAAGCUGAAUACAAAACUCUCUCUGAAAUCAAAGUGGAAUAUGAAGUUUAAAACAAAAGAGGAAUUCACAGACAAUUUCCAUAUAUUCUUAUCGGGGUUGUCAUCUACGGAAUGUAGAUCCUUUCUAGUGGAGUUGUCCGAAAAUCAGAAAGUCUUGGUUGAGAAGAAGCAGGAGACCAUCAUAAAAUACUUGCAUAAAAUGGCAGACACUAAUCUUUCAGGGCCUAAACUAAUUGAAUUAUGUCACUGUGUAUAUGAAACUCAAGAUACACACCUAGCUCGGUCUAUCGGGUCACAUCUGGAAAGAUAUGAGUUUAAAAAUAUCAGGAUUAAUCCAGUUGACAUGACUGCCUUGAGUUUUGUGGUUAGCUAUGGGGACAAUUUAGCUUCACUGGAUUUUGGAGGAUGCUCAAUGGAGUUAGACUGCUUGGUGGUUCUGGAAAAAUGUGAAAAUAUUCGUAGUCUCAGUUUCAGGAACAAAAAAUAUGGAGAUGCAUUCGCACAAGCCCUUUCAAAAUGUUUACGUAAUAUGAAUUGCCUAAAGAAUUUCAGGCUGACGGCUGGAAGAAUCAGACAUACAGGAAUUGAUGCAUUGUGCGAGGCUUUCCUGUACUGCCAACAAUUACAAGAAAUCAAUUUGCAAGAUAACAGUCUCAAAUCUAAGGACAUGCUGGCAUUUCUUGACUUGUUUCCUAAGAUGGACACACUGAAACACAUGGACCUGAGCAACAACGAGAUCAAUGCGAAUAGCACCCUGACUUUGACAAAAGCGGCUUCCAAGUGUCCGAGAAUAACAGACGUGAAAAUAAGUGUUGAGCCUAAGACCGCUAUCUUCAAGUCAGAUCUCGCCAUACCAGUAAGCUCUCCACAGGUAAAACGAAGGAGAAGAGACGGGCCAGCACAAGGCAUAAAGAAAACAUUGAGUCUUGCAAGCUGUGAACUGACUCUGGAACACAUUCGACAACUGGUUGAGAUCCUCACGGAAUGCCCACAUCUCUGUGAUGUAAAUUUAUCAGAUAAUCCUCUUGGAGAUCCUGGUUGUAAAGUGCUGUUUGAUGCCUUGCCAAAAAUAAACAUUUAUGGGAAGCUAAGUCUUGACAAAACCGAGUUAUCUGCCGAAGGGAUUUUGUAUCUGGUUGGUUCUAUGAUAUCCUGCCCCAAUGUAAAACAAGUGGAGAUACGGUUUUUACAGCAGACAGCAGCAAUACAUUUCCUAACAGACAGGGAAGAUGGACACAAAAGUAUCAGGAUAAAUGAAUGUCGGAUGUCCCUGAAGUUGCUUGAAAAACUAUGCAUUGUCUUACAGAAGUGCAAAGGGUUAUCGGACAUAGAUUUGUCUGACAACUCUUUUGAAAAUGCAAGUAUUUGUCAUCUAACUCGAAUUCUCCAUGAACUACCAGAUCUUCGUUCAAUGAAUUUCAAUGGGAAUAAAAUUAACAUAUGUAAGAUUAUUAACCUUACCGAGUGCUUGUCAUCGGUGGACAACAUGACAGAUCUUGCUAUCAGCUAUUUGGAACAUCAGAAUGUUUUAGUGAAAUUUAAAAGAAAAACAAGAGAGAAAACCCCCAAGUCUGACGAAGACACAUGUGGUGUUCUGAAAACAUUUAGCCUUCAAAUGUGCCGCAUUACCUCACACAAGCUGCAGAAGAUUUUCCGGGCACUCGAACGAUGCAAUGAGCUCACAAAGAUGAAUUUAUCGGACAAUGCACUGAGUUGCCAAAAUAUUGAAAACAUGUUGAAAUUCUUGCCACGGUUUCCCAAUCUGACAUUUGUAAACUUCAAUAACAGUGACCUUUCUACAAAUUGUGUAUUGUUACUGGCAAAUUCAGCUAGUUUCUGUGACAGAAUAAAGGAAGUCGACAUCAGGUCUGCAGAACACAUGUGCUUACAUUUAGAGAUGCAGCAGAGGGCAAAGGAAGUGCUGAUCAGACUGAACAAUUGCAACCUUGGAAAGAAUGAUGUGGACCAACUCGUCAAAGUAUUCCAGCAGAUUCCAAACCUGAUAGAAGUUAGCAUGUGCAUGAACAAACUAUACGAGGAUGGCAUCCUUAGCCUCCUGUCUGCACUAUGUUCCUGCAGCAACGUUACCGCAGUCCAUGCAUGUUUACACCCAAAAGAAACCAUCAGAAUUUUGUUUUCACCGAACGUUGAUUCUUUAAAAGAAAUCAGGUUGGCCGAAUGUAACUUCCAACCGGAACACUUUAAGCGUCUGCUGUUCGUGCUGAAUGACUGCACCAACCUAACGCAUUUCAUAUCAAAGAGAAACAGGAGUUUUCUGGAUGUCUAUAGCGAUUGCCUUGCAGUCCUAUCAAGAAGCCCCAAUGGAGUUACGAUAAGUAUUCAUGAGCCAUCUGUAAGAUUGGAGCAUAUUAUUGAUCUUAUACACGCAAACUCUCACAUUGUUCCAAGUGUUAAAGCCAUACGGGUACGUAAAAACAAAGUAAUCCUAGAAUUGAAGGGUCGUAUGGACUGUACCCAAAGAAUCGUUUCACAGCUUCAAGAUUUACGUUCCUUGAGAUUAAACCACUGUGAACUGCAAAUGAAUUUAAAUUUUCUGAAUGCGAUGCUUAACAACUGCACGAGACUCUCGGAACUGAAUUUAUCUAACAACUCGCUGGGUGAUGCUGGAAUCCGUGAUUUGGCAAAAGUGCUUCCGUCUCUUGUUGCCCUUCGGACACUUGAGAUUGAAGGAGUAAGCAUGUCACAUGUUGGAGUGUCGCAAAUUGCGGAGAGCAUGGGAAACUGCAAUACAAUAAUAAAUAUCAAUUUUUCUCGCAAUGCUAUUGGAGAUGCGGGGGCACUUUCUAUGGCAAAGUUACUGGAGAACAAACAGGAUUUCCAUUUAAUAAACUUGUCUCACUGUUUCUCCGUUGCCUCGGAAGGAGGAAGACGUUUCAUAGCGGGGCUUUUACAUUGCACUGAAUUACGGGAGAUUCAUUUGGAAUGUCUACAACUGGAUGAUGUAUCUCUUCAAAUACUGUGUCCAGGCUUCUCAAAUAUGCCAUCCCUAAAGACGAUAAUGCUUAGCGAAAAUAGUAUCAAAUACAAUGGGCUCCGGCACCUAGCACAGCACCUUUGCACCUGCACCCUCAUCGAGGCCAUUGACUUAAGUUCCAAUAGCAUUGGUAAUGCUGGUGUGGAAACAUUGUCUGGAGUGUUAGCAAAAUUUAAGAAUUUGAAGAAAAUCAUUUUGUCUCAAAAUAAGAUCGGCCCAUCAGGAGCAAUGAAGCUUGAGGAAGCUAUCAGACAGUGUAAGCAACUGGAGAUGUUACACCUGCAAUCAUGCAGCUUGCCAGAAAACCAUGGAUAUGCUGUCGUUCAGGCUUUGGUCCUCUGUCAAGAGAUUGAAGACAUCAGUUUGGCGGUUAACACCCUAGGUGAAAGGAGUUUACUGAAACUAGCAGAAGAACUUCAUCAUUUUCACCGCCUAAGGAAGAUUGACUUGCGAUUGUGUGGAAUAUCUGACACGGUGUGCACUUCUCUUGCAUCUGGCUUUCGGUGCUGUCUACACCUGGAAGAAGUCAAUUUAUCAUGGAAUACCAUUGGGGAUGAAGGAGCAUGUGCAUUGGCAUGUGCAUUAAAGCAUAUGAAGAUGCUUAAGAAGAUGGACCUAGGAAAAAAUCAAAUACAAGAACGGGGAGCUGAAGCCUUAGCAGAGGAACUCAGUGUCUGUUCCUGGAUAAAAUUAAUCUGUUUAUGGAGCAACCAAGUUCCAACGAGCACUGCAGAGAAGCUGAAGGAACCGAGAUUAAACUUUGCUUAACCAAGGCUGAAGUAAAAUGAAUAGUGUUAAAAUUAAGGACAGCUUUGAAUGUGGGAAAGAACUGUAACGCAAAGUCAACAAACUAACUAACUUCCUACUUCACUCUGAAACUUCCUUGGCAAGUGACGAGGCAUCGAAUAACAUUUUAUCAGAUGUGGUGACUUCUUAGACAACAGAAGAAUCCAAAUAUCUCAGGACUAAGCAUUUAAGCUCAAAUGUGUCAACUACGAAAUCAAGAGCAAAAUCAGUCUAGAUAGACUACAGCACUUAUCUGUAGUGAAAAUCCAAAUUUUAAAAUUGCCUUUUUCAAGGGAAAGAACUGGUGAUUAACAGCAAAGAAAACACAAAAAUAACCGUGUCUAUCACAAUUUGAUUUGGCACUGAGAUAUGUUGUUUUGUAAGCAGGUCCAUGACCUACAUGAUGAUUGGCCUAACGUUUAACGCCAAAGGUAUAAACGAACGGAUCUAAAUGUACAAAUAUGGUACUUUUGGUACACAAUUGUGAUACGUCCAGUAAGUUGAAAUUUUGGAAUGUAAAUAUUCCAAUUAAUGUUUUAGAGUUUGAAAUCAAUUAUAUUGCAUGCUUCUUACAUUUGUACGACAUAGCACUGAUUGGCUGAAAUUCAGCUACUUCCUUGCUGCUUUUAAUGUGAGCGAUAUGAGGGAAGAUAGCGGGCAAGUGAAAUGCUUUACGGGUGAGAUUUUUGUAAUGUAUAUUGUAAAGUUUGUUUGUGUUAUUUUUAUUUGUUUGCACAUUUUAAUGCACUAUCUGCAUACUGCAGAAAGAAAAUGGGAAGGCAGUUUGACUGUGGGAUGUCUCUUUAAGGUGUGAAUGUGAAGGCGCAUGCACACAAUCUAGGUGGCCGUGAUUGCAUGCAUUAUAACAGCUACUAUAUAUUACUAUGCACCCAGAAAAUGAUGGACUGAUAAUGAGGAGUAGCCCAGCCCUAUCUAAAAUGAGAAGUGUAGAAAGUUUGUGUCCAUGCAGAUUUACAUAAAGUAAAUAGAAACAUCAAUUUAUAAGUGGGAUUAUUAAAGGUUUCCAAAGAAAUAUGCAAAAUACUUAAUAACAUUCACUGUAGGUUAAGGUCAUGUAAAUGACCUCAAAUUAUUAAAGGGACAGUAACCUUGACAUUCAUUAUAUUGUUAUUUUCAAUAUGGCACAAUACCUUGGACAUACCAAGACUCCAAGCCCAGUGGAGGUCACUCCAAGGUACUUUGAUUACAAGAACGUGGAUUGAGUGAAUUCUCCACGGUAUGUUGACACCUAUUAGUUCUGGAAAUAUAUAUAACCAUAUAGCGGUGCAACAGAGCAGUUAAUUGUUAGGGGGAAAAAAAGGCAUUUCCAACAUUUUCCAAUCACUGCAGUGGGAUCAACGGGAUCAGGUCUAUGCGCAAACAAUAAAAGAGACAGCAGUGGUGUGGUUACCUUCCAGUGGUUCCCAUUGUAGGCUUCAAGGUGUGGAACAGUCCAGGUUUUGUCAGUAUCCCUACUGGAGCUAAAUUGGGAAAUGCCUAAAUCCUGGGCUGUUGGUGUGCUGUGAGGUCUGGGUUAUGAACCACUCUGUUCAACCAACCUAGAAUUAUUGAGUAGAUGUGCUUGUCCUGAGUGAUUCAUGUCACAGAAG